AUGGACCCUCUACAACCUAUGACGGAGGCCCAGCGGCUCCAAGAGGAGCAGGAGAUACGUGAGCGUGACAGGAAACGCCAUUUGGAGAAGGAGGAACGUGAACGACGCAUGGCUCAGGAAAGGGAGGCAGCAGAGCGUAAGCAGCGGGAGGAGGCUGAACGCCUUCUUGAGGAGCAAAGGCGACGUAUCAAGCAGGAGGAGGAGUGGCACAAGCUUGGGUCAGAUAUCAUACAGAGUCUUCCUCCUGUGCCACCCUCCGUUGUCACCGACGGUAUGGUGCAAGCAUGGUACCUGGACGAGGAAACAUCAAAGCCAACACUUUGUACCGCAAGCCUGAAAAAGGGAAAGAAACGUGGCACUUCGCUCGUGACGCUGCAACAACUAAAGGAGCUUGGUGUUAUUUACUACAAUGUCAACUUGAAUGAUCUUUCUAUUGUAAGACAAUUGGUGAAGGAGCGCCUUUAUAAGCAUACAGAUGAGGUACAUAUUUCACAGACGUGUAAAGAUGAUACGUUUUUGGAGCGUUGGUUCCAGGAACACUUCAACGAAGAUGAACAGAUCCGCAUCGUGAUUGACGGAUCUUGUUAUUUUGAUGCACGCUCCAAGCAGGACAAGUGGAUUCGUAUUCAUGCCAAAGUGGGUGACUUGUUUAUUUUUGCACCUGGUUUGUAUCACCGUGGAACACUGGACGAGGACGACUAUGUUGCACUAUACCGUCUCUUCCGUGAUUCCUCACGCUUUGCCCCAUUUUUUCGUUCCGAUGCAAGGGCGGAGUCGCAAAAGGUGCGCCUGAAUUAUUUAAUGUCACUGAAGAAGGGCAACGUUGCAGCAGAGCUUGGAUUCCGCUGA